AUGUUUAUAUUUUUAUUACCUCUUUUGGGAUAUGGAUUCAUUUCCUUAUAACUAAACAACCUUUUAAUGGAAACAAAAGGGAAACGAUUGGGAUUGAUUACAAAUCCAACUGGAGUGGAUGAUGAUCUGGUAAUGGUUACUGAUAAAAUAUCAAAAUACUCAGAUAUCAAGAAGUUUUUCUCACCUGAACAUGGAUUGAGAGGAGAACAAUAGGCAGGUGUUUAAAUAAAGGAUUAUAUUGAUCCAGUUACUGGAAUGUAGAAAGUGUUAAUUAUUUUAGAUAAGUGAUUUCCUUAUAUGGUAGCAAGAGGGCUCCCACAUUAACAGAUCUAGAGGAUGUUGAUGUUUUGGUUUAUUAUAUUAGAGAUGUUGGAACUAGAUUUUACACUUACAUAUGGACUAUGACGUAUUGUAUGGAAGCAGCUCAAAAAGCUGGGAUUCAAUUUGUGGUUGUAGAUGUUCCAAAUCCUCUUGGAAGAAAGAUCGAAGGAUGUAGAAAUGAAAUGGAUGCUGGAUUAGUUGGACGCAAGUUUGGAUCCAAUUUAGGAUUGCCUUAAAGAUAUGGAUUGACAGUUGGAGAAUUAGCAACUUUCAUUAAUAAGGAAUGGCUAACAAAUCCUGUUAAUUUGAAGAUUAUACCUUACCUUACAAAUCAAUUUUAAUGGGUUAUACUAUUAAAAUAAAAUAAUAGAUUUUACCAUCUCCCAAUAUGCCUACCAUUGAGACAGCAACUGUUUACCCUGGCUUUGGAAUAUUCGAAGGAACUGAUUUAAGUGAAGGAAGAGGAACCACGUAAACUAUUGAUUAAUAUGUAGACAUCCAUUUGAAAUUAUUGGAUCUCCAUUAAUUACAAAACCUGAAGAAUUGGCAAAGACAUUGAAUGCUAGAAAGCUGACUUCUGUCCUUUUUAGACCUGUUUAUUUCUCUCCAACCUUUUCAAAGCAUAAAGAUGCAAUUUGUGGAGGAGUGCAAAUUCAUGUAUUAGAUAAAAAUUCUUUCAAUCCAGUGUUGACAGCAUUUGUUACUUUGGAUGAAAUAUAUAAAGUGAUUCCAAUUAAAUUCAAUUUGAUGAUAGACUAUGAAACUGGUAUUUCAGGAUUUGCAGAGUUGUUAAAGAACACAACUGCUGAAAAGAUCUAUUCGCAAUGCUAAAAUAAUACAAAGGCUUUUUAUGAUUAAGUGCAACGUUAUUAUUUAUAUUGA